AUGGACCAGCAUCAGUUUUUGCAGCUCCUGGAGAGCGUCCUGGCUCCUGACACUGAGCGUGUCAAGGCGGCCACCGCUAGCCUGAGGAAAAACUACUAUACCUCCCCGGCAUCUCUUACUCUCCUUCUUCAGAUUCUCACUUCUCAUGAGAACUCUCAGUUACGGCAGCUGGCUGCUGUAGAGGCUCGCUCCCUUGUGCCCAAGCACUGGGCGGCGCUCCCUGCCGACCAAAAGCCUCAGAUCCGAACGCAGCUGUUGCAGUCAACUCUGCAUGAGGACUCUUCUCUCGUCAGGCAUUCGUCUGCCCGUGUCGUCUCGGAAAUUGCCAAGAUUGACCUUGACGAUGGCGAGUGGGCUGAUCUCCCCACUUUCCUGCAGCAGGCUGCAACAAGCCAGCAGGCAAGAGAGCGGGAGGUUGGUGUGUACAUUCUCUUCACGCUGCUUGAGUCGCUUGGUGAUGCCUUUGUCGAUAAGCUGUCUGAUCUGUUUGUUCUUUUCGCCAAGACGCUCCGGGACCCUGAGAGCGCUGAUGUGCGGGUGAACACCAUGUUGGCUUUGAGCAAAAUUGCUAUGCUCAUCGACACCUCUGAGGAUAAGCAAUCUGUCCAGCACUUCCAAGAACUUCUUCCAAGCAUGGUUGCUGUGCUGAAGGAGGCUGUUGAUGCUGGUGACGAGGACCGCACCAUGCAAGCGUUUGAGGUCUUCCAGACUUUGCUCGGCUGUGACGCUACGCUCAUGGCCGCCCACUUCAAGGACUUGGUUCAGUUCAUGAUUGACCUUGCCGCGCAAAAGGAUCUCGUUGACGAGUCCCGUAGCCAAGCCAUUUCCUUCUUGAUGCAGUGUGUCAAAUACCGCAAGCUCAAGGUUCAGGCCAUGAGGAUUGGUGAGCAGCUUACGAUCAAGUCCCUUGAGAUCGCUACUGAGCUCAGCGACGAUGUCGAUGAGGAUGACGAAGUUAGCCCUGCUAGGUCUGCUCUUGGUCUUUUGGAUAUCAUGGCCUCUCAACUACCUCCCAGCCAGGUAGUUGUGCCGCUGCUUAAUGCCCUUGGCCCGUAUUUAACCUCAUCUGACCCUGACCACCGCCGCGCGGGUCUGCUCUCCCUAGGAAUGUGCGUGGAGGGCGCUCCUGAUUUCUUUGCCACUCAGCUGCACGAAAUCCUACCUAUGGUACUCCGUCUUUUGCAGGACCCGGAGAUUAAGGUCCGCCAUUCGGCUCUCCACGCUCUGGCCAGACUGGCGGAUGACCUCGCUGAAGAUAUGGGCAAGGAGCAUGCUAAGCUGAUCCCUGCUGUGAUGUUCAACUUGGACGCUGCCGUAAAGGCAGCUCAGACUGACAGCAGUGACAAAGUUCUUGACAUUAUCAAGGGCAGCUGCAAUGCCAUUGAUUCGGUGAUUGAGGGUGUUGAGAAGGAGCAUGUUUCCACCUACUUGCCUGAGAUGGUUCCCCGUGUGGCACAACUGCUGUCCCACCCAGACUACAAGGUCAAGGCAUCUGCUGCCGGUGCUCUCGGCUCUAUUGCUGCGGCCGCUGAAGAGGCCUUUGUUCCCUUUUUCGACCAGACUAUGAAUGCUCUAUCAGAGUACGUCAUGAUCAAGGAUGAUGACGAGCAACUUGACCUUCGCGGCACUGUUUGUGAUGCCAUGUCCAAUAUUGCCUCUGCUGUUGGCCCUGUCAAGUUCCAACCCUAUGUGUCUCCUUUGAUGCAAGCUAGUGAAGAGGCGCUACACCUUGGUCACCCGAGAUUGCGUGAGACGAGCUACAUGCUCUGGAGCACCAUGUCAAAGGUUUAUGAGGAGAACUUUACUCCUUUCCUUGACGGCGUCGUGAAGGGUCUCUUCGAAUGCUUGGAGCAGGAUGAGACUGAUCUCGAGGUCGAGCUGGGCGAAGAAGCUCAAGACUUGCUUGGCCAGGAAAUUACCGUUGCUGGCAAAAAGGUCAAGGUCGCUGCCGCUGAAGGCUCCAGCGGAAAGGCUACCCUCAGCAGGGUUGGCAUGGAGGAGGAGGUCGAGGGCGACGACGAGAUUGAUGAUGUUGAUGAGGAGGAGGAGGAUGAAGAUGCGUGGGAUGACCUGACUGCUGUCACCGCUGUUGCACUCGAAAAGGAAAUCGCUGUUGAGGUCCUAGGUGACGUGCUUACCCACACUAGAGGCAACUUCCUCCCUUAUCUGGAGAAGACUAUUGAGAACGUCAUCGGUCUUGUCGAACACAACUAUGAAGGUGUCCGUCGCGCGGCUAUCAGCACUGUCUGGCGCGCCUACGCCUGCCUCUGGGGCAUGCAGGAGGGUGAGGGCAUGCAGAAGUGGAAGCCCGGUCUUCCUCUCCAGGUCAAGCCUACCGAUGACCUGCAGAAGCUCGGCGGUCUCGCGAUGACCGCCACUCUUGCCCUGUGGCAGGACGAAAUCGACAGGGCAACUGUCACCGAUAUCAACCGCAAUUUGGCUGCUACCUUGAAGCUCUGCGGUCCGGCCAUCAUCAACGACCCCAACGUCAUCCAGCAAAUUUCUGAGAAUCUUAUUCUCACCAUCACCAAGCAGCAUCCUUGCCAGCAAGACCUUGGUGACGAUGAGGAUAUGGAAGGCCUUGAUGAGUCUUCUGAGUACGACUGGCUUCUCAUCGACACCGCCCUAGAUGUUGUCAUUGGCCUUGCAGCAGCGCUGGGUAACACUUUUGGUGAGCUCUGGAAACUCUUUGAGACCACCAUCAAGAAAUACGCAAGCAGUCCCGAGGCUCUGGAGCGGAGCACCGCUGUCGGAGUCAUUGCCGAGUGUAUCCAGCACAUGGGCGAGGCUGUCACUCCCUACACGACCCACUUGCUGCAGCUCCUUCUGCACCGUCUCUCUGACGAGGACCUCGAAACCAAGUCGAAUGCGGCGUUUGCCAUUGGUCUGUUGGCCGAGAAGUCCAACAAUGACCAGGAGAUACUCAAGAACUACAACGCCAUUCUGGCUAAGCUUGAGCCGUUGCUCCACACCCAACAGGCCAGACUCCUGGACAACUCUGCUGGUUGCGUAAGCCGGAUGAUUAUGAAGCACAAGGAAGCCGUCCCGGUUGCGGAUGUUCUCCCCGCUCUGGUCAACCUUCUCCCUCUGAAGGAGGACUUUGAGGAGAAUGAACCCAUUUUCCGCAUGAUCAUCUUGUUCUACCAGAACGGCGACGCGGUCAUCCAGGGCCUCACGCAGCAACUAUUGCCCGUCUUUGCGCAGGUCGUUAGCCCUCCCGAGGAGCAGCUGACUGAGGAGAUUCGCAGCCAGCUCACCGAGCUGAUCAAGUAUCUCCACAAGCAACAGCCCGCUCUCAUUGAUAGCAAUCAGGUGCUGGCUGCCGUUGCUCGGUCGUAAAGUCAUUGUCCAUGAGCGCUUUUGUCCUGGCAUUGACUGUGCCGCGAAUUUCGUUUUUGUUGGAAAAGUUUUUUUACUCAGCGUCUGCCACUGCAUAUAAGCAACGCACCUGCACGCACCUUACUUACGAGAACAUGAAUAUGAUUGCAAUGAGAUGAUGAGCAAAGAAAUUAGAACAGCAUUUUCCAUGGCAGGAUUCUUUCGGAUGUAAGGGCUGUUGAACAUAUUUUUCAAGACCAGACUAUUAUACCACGGUGGUUUAUCGGCGAGAUAUCUUAUUGCUUGUAUUACGGCGGUGUUAUUCCACAUAUUAUUUAUCUAAUUCUUUCUGAAUAUGAAAUGGAUAUUGAAUCUUUACUCUUUUUUUUUUUUUUUAAACAUGCACAGCAGCG